UUAGUUCUCUUCCUUGAAACCAAAACAGGAUUCCCUUUCCUCCCACUCUGAAGAAGGAGAUGGAGAAGGCAGUCAGAACUCCAGGGGAUGGGUCACCUCCCCCCCCCCAUUAGGAAUAGAAAUUAAAAUGUGUGAAAUGCGGACUAUGUUCAUUGAAUGAGCACACAUAGUUCACAUCAAUGACCUCCAACAGGGGAGAAACCAUUUAAAGGUAUGGAGUGUGGCAAACGUUUCACUGAUAGUGGAAACCUUAGAACACAUCAACGGACUCACACAGGGGAGAAACCAUAUAAAUGCCUGGAGUGCGGAAUGUGCUUCAGUGAGAAUGGAGACCUUAAAUUACACCAGCGGAUUCACACAGGGGAGAAACGAUAUAAAUGUAUAGAGUGCGGAAUGAGCUUCAGUCAGAAUGGAAGCCUUAGAAAACAUCAACGGACUCACACAGGGGAGAAACCAUAUAAAUGUAUAGAGUGUGGAAAGAGCUUUAGUGUUAAUGGAAGCCUUAGAAAACAUCAACGGACUCACACAGGGGAGAAACCAUAUAAAUGUAUAGAGUGCGGAAUGAGCUUUAGUGAUAAUGGAAACUUUAGAAAACAUCAACGGACUCACACAGGGGAGAAACCAUAUAAAUGUAUAGAGUGCGGAAAGACCUUUACUGGUAAUGGAAACCUUAGAACACAUCAACGGACUCACACAGGGGAGAAACCAUUUAAAUGCCUGGAGUGCGGAAAGUGCUUCAGUCGUAAUGGAGACCUUAAAUUACACCAGUGGAUUCACACAGGGGAGAAACCAUAUAAAUGUAUAGAGUGCGGAAUGAGCUUCGGUGAUAAUGGAAGCCUUAGAACACAUCAACGGACUCACACAGGGGAGAAACCAUAUAAAUGUAUAGAGUGCGGAAUGAGCUUUAGUGAUAAUGGAAACCUUAGAAGACAUCAACGGACUCACACAGGGGAGAAACCAUUUAAAUGCCUGGAGUGCGGAAAGAGCUUUAGUGUUAAUGGAAACCUUAGAACACAUCAACGGACUCACACAGGGGAGAAACCAUUUAAAUGUAUAGAGUGCGGAAUGAGCUUUAGUGAUAAUGGAAGCCUUAGAAGACAUCAACGGACUCACACAGGGGAGAAACCAUUUAAAUGCAUGGAGUGCGGAAUGAGCUUCAGUCAGAAUGGACACCUUAGAAGACAUCAGGAGACACACAGGGCAGAAACCGUUUAAAUGUAUGCACUGUGGAAGGAGCUUCCGUCAGAGUGGAACCCUUGAUUUAUGUCAACAAACUCACACAAAACACAAACCUUAUAAAUAUC